AUGAUAUUUUUACUAUUUUAUGUAAUAGGAAUACAUAUUCCAUUAAUAAAAUCAGACUAUCCAUGGACUUUUGAUAACGAUUUAUUUGGAGGUCCUGAUUUUUGGGGUCUUGUUAGUAAACAUUGGAAAUUAUGUGCCUCAGGACAAAUGCAAAGUCCAAUUAAUAUAGAUCCAAAUACAUUAUUAUUUGAUGGAAAUUUACCAUCAAUACAUUUAGAAUCUAUUCAGGUUGAUGCAAUUCUAAAAAACACGGGUCAACUACCUGUUAUUAAUAUUAAUAAUUCACAAGCAAAUUCAAUGAAAUUUGUCAAUAUAUCAAGAAGUCCCUCUUCACCAUAUAAUUAUCGUUUACAAAAAAUUAUAUUUCAUACAGGAAGACUUGAAACUGGUGAAAAAGGAUCAGAACAUACAAUUGAUAGAACAAGAUUUCCAGGUGAACUUCAAAUGUUAGCUUUUAAUUCUGAUUUAUAUGAUAAUUUUACGGAUGCUUUAUCAAAACCUAGAGGAAUAUUAGCUAUAUCAAUAAUUGUUGAUAUUGGAAAACAUACAAAUUCAGAGUUAAGAAAAUUAUCAGUUGCGUCACAAAGUAUUAUAUAUAAAGGACAAUUUGUAAGAUUAAGGAAAUUAAAUCCAAGUGGUUUACUUCCAAAAACUAUUAAUUAUGUAACAUAUGAGGGAAGUUUAACAUUCCCUGGAUGUUAUGAAACAGUUACAUGGGUUGUUAUGAAUAAUCCUAUAUAUAUAACAAAAGAAGAUUUUGAGAUAUGGAAUAGUAUACUUCAAACAGAUUCAAAACAAUCUAAUCCUGUUUAUAUGUCUCCAAAUUAUCGUCCUUUAAAACCUGUAAACAAAAGAUUACUUCGGACAAAUAUUCGCUUAAGUACAAUUGAUUCAGAAAUAUGUAAAGGAAGUACAUUUCCCGAUAUUUCAUAUAAAUCCAACCCAAGACGCAAAGAAAAACAUUAA